UGGAACUUAUUCCACCUAUUCUGAAAGAUAAAAAGGAAGAGGUACAAUAUUCCCAACAUGGCGGAGAGCCUGUGUGGAGGCAGCCCAGUUUGAAACAUUUGUAUGGUGAGAGAUGUCACAUGAAAGUCUGCCAGACUUGACUGGAAUCAAAUUGGGAAGGGCAUGAAAUGCCAGACAGGGGAGUUGACAGGUAAUGAGGAGCCAUGGAAGCAUUGUGAGGAAGGGUGUGACAUAGAGCAGAGUAGACAGGGCUGGGCUGGACUGGGAUUCAGGAGGGUUUCAGUCAUUCCCGCCUCAGAUGCUUAAUGUCCUGGGCCCCCUGGGCAGACUUGUGAGGGUCCAGGGGGAUGUUAUUCCUCAAGUCCUUUCUAAAUAUUUGUGUAUGCCAUGGACACUGAUCUCAGUUCCCAGGACAGGAAGGACUUGGACAAGUUCAUCAAGUUUUUUGCCCUGAAGACAGUCCAAGUGAUAGUCCAGGCACGUCUGGGAGAGAAGAUUUGUACUCGUUCCUCAUCUUCCCCAACGGGAUCUGACUGGUUCAACUUGGCCAUCAAGGACAUCCCAGAGGUCACCCAUGAAGCCAAGAAAGCACUGGCAGGGCAGCUGCCCGCCGUGGGGAGGUCGAUGUGUGUGGAAAUCUCACUCAAGACUUCAGAGGGAGAUUCCAUGGAACUAGAAAUUUGGUGUCUGGAAAUGAAUGAAAAGUGCGACAAAGAAAUUAAAGUUUCCUACACUGUGUACAAUAGGCUGUCAUUACUGCUGAAGUCUCUGCUUGCUAUCACUAGAGUGACACCAGCUUAUCGACUCUCCAGAAAACAGGGCCGUGAAUAUGUCAUACUCUACAGGAUAUACUUUGGAGAAGUCCAGUUGAACGGCUUGGGAGAAGGUUUCCAGACUGUCCGCGUUGGCACGGUGGGCACACCAGUGGGCACCAUCACGCUGUCCUGUGCCUACCGAAUUAACCUGGCCUUCAUGUCUACCAGGCAGUUUGAGAGGACCCCUCCUAUCAUGGGGAUUGUCAUUGAUCAUUUUGUGGACCGUCCCUACCCCAGCUCCUCGCCCAUGCACCCCUGCAACUACAGGACGGCCGGGGAGGACCCUGGGCUUGCCUACCCCUCUGUGGAGGACUCUCAGGAAGUCUGCACCACCUCCUUCUCCACCUCCCCCCCAUCCCAGUGUGUGUUCACUGUCAGUAAGGCCCAUUUUCAGACCCAUACUCCGGUGGUGACGGAUACCCUGAGGGUCCCCAUGGCAGGACUGGCCUUUUCCCACCAACUCGCCAGCUCUCGCCUUUCCUAUCAGCCCGCCGCUCUGGGAGUUGGAUCAGCCGAGCUGGCCCAUCCAGUGGUCUUUGCUGCUGGCUCGAGCGCUGCCCACCCUCACCAGUUAAUGGUCCCGGGGAAGGAAGGUGGGGUGCCUCCCGCUCCCAGCCAACCUGCCCACGGCACCCAGGCUGACCAGGACAAGAUGGCCACCUGUACCCCGUCGGAUGGCGCCCACUACAUCGUCACUCCUUCUAGCAGCGAAGACACUGAGACCGUGUCCAACAGCAGCGAAGGCCGGGGCUCCCCCCACGAUGUCUUGGAGGCCCUCCUGGUGCGCAAAGUGGGAGCGCUGGUCAACAACUCGGUGGAUCAGGUAACAAUGACCAACCUGGACAUCCCCUUUGCCAUGUUUGCUCCCAAGAACUUUGAGCCAGAGGAUAAUGAUCCCAUGGUCCAUCCUCCGGACUCCCCGGACACCGAGUCUCCUCUCCAGGGCAGCUUACACUCUGAUGGGUCCAGCGGCGGCAGCAGCGGAAACACGCACGACGACUUUGUCAUGGUCGACUUUAAGCCCGCCUUCUCAAAGGAUGACAUUCUGCCCAUGGACUUGGGGACCUUCUACCGGGAGUUUCAGAACCCCCCUCAGCUGAGCAGCCUCUCCAUCGACAUCGGAGCCCAGUCCAUGGCCGAGGACCUGGACUCGCUCCCAGAAAAACUGGCCGUGCAUGAGAAGAAUGUCAAAGAGUUCGAUGCCUUUGUAGAGACCCUCUAGAGAAGCCAGCACCCUCCCCAGCCCUCAGCAGCAUCAGCAGCCCCCUUCCUGGACACCCCGAGGCCAGACACCAUCCCCCCCUUCUCUCAUCUUAUUUAUUCAGCUUCAAUCCAGGUCAGGAGGUGGAAGGCAAGAGGGAAGCGGCUCCCCCUUCUUAGCCUCCGACUCCUCCUGGUUAAACCCAGGGCGUUGAAGAGGGCCCCACCCUGCCCCGUUGGAGUUCUGGGUUGUAACCUGCCCGAAGGGCCAGGAGAAAGGCCCGCCGGCGGAAGAGGGGGCUCGCCGCCCCCCCUCCCCCCUGAGCAGAGCCAGCCACCAUAGCCAUGCUCUUCACCGCACAGCGCCCUCCAGCCUUGCCUGUCCGACCACGGAUCCAGCCUCCUCGAGAUCAGGCCCACACCAGGGAUGACGGCCCUACCACCGGGACCCGGGAAUAAGGAAGCCCGGCAGGAACGCCCAUGGGCCACGGGCUGGGAAGGAGGAGGGCGCCUUCUCUGCCCAGGGCCUGGCCGCCCUUCAGGUGAGCUGGGCCAGGCUGCGCCGGACUGCUCCGAGGGCCACAGCCCCCGCGGGCCUCGCUCCUGCCCCCCGAGGCCCACGGCACCCGGGCGCCCUCCUCAGCCAGGGCCGUGUCGCUGCGAGUCAGAAGCCAGGACUUCCUCCGCCCCUCCCCCUCCCGCUGCUGCUCUGUGCUUAGAAGUAAGCAUCAAACAGUAAAUAUUUAUUGCUUUAAAAGAGCUGGGAUUGUUUUUAAAGGGCAUUGGAUGUGGGCCCUUUGACCCCGGCCGUGGGCCUGGGAAGGCCGGGUCGUCCUCUGCCCCACAGGAUGCUCUGACACGCCGGAAGUGGCCUCAGGGCAGCACUUGCUACUGCCCAGAAUUGCCGCCUUCCACCCGCUGGACACCGGCUUCUCGCACGCCUGGGGCUCUCUUGCCCCUUCUGGGAGGGGCAGAAGUUUUGAGCUUGAGGCCGAGUCACACCGGCGGGAGAUGCCCAAGGCCCCUUUGGGUGUUCACCGCCUCUCACUGCCGGGCCUUGGCCCCCAUGGAGGGACUGGUGUCCGUGACUUCAGGCCUUGGUUGGCAGCUGCAGCGUGGAACGCCCUGCCCCGGGCUGGCAGGGGAUUGGUGUGUGGGGUCUGGGGCCUGUACUAGGAGGGGCACAGCGGGCAUGGGAACCCCAGAGCCAGGCUUUCCCCACCUUGAGGCUCCUUGGCCCUAGGUCGUCCUGAUGGGGGAACAGAGGUGAGCCAACCCAGGCUGUGGGACCCCAGCUUUGGGUUGUGUGGGACGGCCCCACAAGGCCUGGAGCGGGGAGGGCACUUUGGAAGCACUUGACCCAUUUCCGGCUGCUCCCAGCUCCUCGGGGUCAGCUUCCCCUUGGCCCCUGCAUGGAAAUGUGCUGUUGCAGCCAGGAGCUCUGGAGGAUGCUGCUGCCCUCUGCAGGCAGUGAGAAGCUCGGGGCCCUCGGGGGCGGCUCCCCAGAACUGCAGGAGAGCUCUGGCUGCCAGCCCAGCCACGGCGGGCGGCGUGUUCGUCAUCUGCCAGCCCCGCUUGGUGCCAGGGGAUGUGGGCCUCGGGCUGGCUCCAUCUCCCGGAGGUCGGACACAGCUCAGCCUGGAGAGGAGAAUCCUCCCUCGCCCCUUACCGGUGUGACCACAUAGAGCUGUACUUUCAAUCAUAUUCUCGAGAAAUUUCCAAUAAAACUUUUCUGUACAUGA